AUGCGCAUUGCAUUGGACCGGCUGCUCGCGCGAUCGUCGAUCUUGCGAGUUCACCGACUGCUCAAAACCGAAGAAGAGCUCCCGUCCGCCUCCGUCUCCCGCGCGCAUUGCCGAUUGCAUCCUACAAAAGCCUCGAUUGGACAGCAAAGGGUCGCAGGGCGCGCCUUUACAUCUUCCAGAGUGCGCACAGAGGAAGAGCCGCAUGGAUCUGGCGCAGUUUCUGGAACCAAUGCCAUUAGCCACACCUCGUCCUCAGCCAUCAGUGGCGAAGGCACCAAGGAUGCCGUCAAUAUUUCUCCGGACAAAUGGAUCGAGUCUCUACAAUUCAGACAAAGACUGUAUGGAAGUGACGGAGUUCAGGCCGUCUGGAAAGAGCUGAGGCAGAGCGAUGUGGAUCUGCCAACUACCGGUCGUUCUGCACGAUCCCUCUGGGGGACUUUCCUCGCUGACAAACAACUGCUUCCCGAGGUGGUCGCCUAUGCCGAGGAUCUAAGGGAGAGGACAAACGCUUUCUACAGGCCGCUAUACGAGACUGUCAUCGGCCGUUGCUUUCACGAAAACAGGUCCCAAGACGUUCAGCGGUGGCAUCACAAGCUGUACCAGGCAUUCCCUCCCCGAGAAGGUUCCAUGCGCCUUUUUGCCUCCAAGGCCGACAGUAAUGCCUAUGUGGAGGCCUUCUGUUACAUCUACGCUCGACAUCACGAACGUAAUGUCUACGACGUCCUCAUCCCUCGUCUUUGCAGCAGGAAUCUGUGGCGCAGGGCGCUCCGGUGUCACAAAUGGCUGAUCAAAAUGAAAGACUUCCCGGCUGGAACAUCCACGGCCUCCUCUGUAGAGCUGACAUUCCAGGAGCUCUUGCUGGCCAAUGGGCAAAGGCACAACGCCAAGCACAACACUGUGGCUGACACCCGCGACCACAACAUGUCGUUUUCCAGAGAAACUAUGAACAUGGUCCUUGGAGAAGUACAUGGGAUACCACCAAAGCAAAUGGACGACCACUUUUGCGCUCGAAUUUUUGCCACCAAGGCUUUCUCAAUAGACGUCAUCAUCCGCGGUUUGGGCAUGUUUGGAAUUGACGAGGUGGGCCCACUGGCAUUGCGUGAAAUGGCUUCGAGAACGGUAGAUCCUGAGCAGAUAUCCCAUCACAUUCAAACGUUGAAUGAAGCAGGAAUUUCUAUUGGCCGCUCUGUCUACUCUCAGGCUCUUCAGAAAUUUGCUCAUAGUAACCGGCAAGAUCUCAUCAUGUCCUUGAUUACGACAGAUCAGCAUCCAGACGCUUUUGAGGACCAUGGCCUGCAGCGCAAGUUGCUCAGUACUUUUGUUGAAAGAGGAAGCUGGGACGAGGUGCACCGGACCCUGGCCAUUUUGACCAUCUUCCAUCGCGAUCCAGUCAGGGAGCAAUGGAAUGUUUUGGUGCAGAAGCUUGCCUCUUUGCGGCUUCUACAGAUGCUUUGCAAAGUCCUUGAAGACAUGCUGGCACAGGGCGUCUCUCUUACAGAAGCGUCUCUAAGUGCACUUCAAGUUUACCAGCUUCGUCCGAGAACUUCAUCCAAGGCGCCUGUCCCGGGUGCGCUGGACUACGACGACACUACAUUAAUCGGAAACAUUUUGCGCAGCACACUUGUAGCCGGUGGCGCCGUGGGCCCUCGGCGCUGGAUCGAGAUCUUCAAGCGCUACGGGAUGACAGAACGGUUCGAUGACGUUGUCAAACUCGCGUUAUGGCUCGCCGACUGGUACUCUCUGGACAAGAUCCACGCCAGCCCAGGAACCCUUCAAAGCAUAUUGCAACGCAAGCAACAAGCGUUGCAACCCAUCAUCGACCGUGCCCUCCCACCAACCAACCCGCUGCAUCCUCUCCGCCAGAUCUUCACGAACCAACAACUUCGCGCGUUCGUCGCUUGGGGCAUUCGUCGCGCCCUGAUCCUCCCCAGCCCGGUCGACCCGGAAAAGAGUAAGAAACCACCGCAUUACUGGGCACAAGGACUCCGACUUUGCAUGGCCCUUCGUAAACGCGGCGUACACGUCAGCUCAAGGGUCGUGACAGCCGAGCUUCGUUUGCAAUUAAGUCAUCUAUUUGGUCAUUACGAGAGCGUCCGUGGCCACAACCGCCGCUCUGCUGCCAAUGUCCCAUACUCCCUCCUGGAGAUGGUCGAAUUUGCAAAUCAGAUGUGGGCCGAGGGGGCUGGCAAGCCUUUGAUGGAUCCGAGGGAGUUGACCAAAGGACCGUCACAUCAUUUUGGAUUUUGGUGGGCGAAACGGUUGAGGUGGGAUGUGCUACGGCAGGCUCAGGCAGCACUCCGUGAAGAGGAGUCAUCGAACUCGACAGGUUAUGACAAGAUUGAUAUGGCCGCGAUGCAGGGGAGUGAGAAAGAUUUUGUGAGCAGUGGUAUUUGGGAAGAUAUGGAGGCGACCGAUUUCCGUCAGACGCAGGACGCCAGCCACGAGAUUAUGUCAACACCGGACCAAGAUCGUCUUCGAUCGACUUCGACUUUCGAAGGUCCUUCGGAAACAUCCCUUUCUGAACCUGUACACAAGAAAAAAACCUAG